CAGGGAUUUUCCGGUAUUUAUAUACUACCAAAAAUUGUCCGAAAUUCCAAAAUUCGCAACCCAACUUAAAUAACAGCAAAGUAGCCGUAAUGCAACGCGGCAUCGACUCCUUCUUCAAGCGGCUGCCCGCGAAGCCGAAACAGGCGGAGGAGGAAAACGGGGAGACGCCGUCGAAGGCGCCAAAACGGCGGAAGGCCCUGAUUAUUUCCAGCGACGAGGAGGAGGUGGCCGCCAGCCCGCCGGAGCCCAAGAAGCGCAAGGCUUCGAAGGCGGCCUCCAGCGAGGAGGAGGUGUCGGCCACGCCGGAACCGGAUGCCAAGAAGGCCAGGAAUGGCCAGAAGCCGUCGCUCUCCAAGCUGAAGAGGCACGUGGAUCCUUCCGAGCUCUUCGGUGGCGAAACCAAGCGGGUGGUGGUGCCCAAGCCGAAGACCAAGGCGGUUCUCGAGUUCGAAAAUGAGGACAUAGACCGGAGUUUAAUGGAGGUCGACCUGGAGGAGAGUGUUAGGGUUGCAUCACCUCCCCGCAGACCUCCAUCCCCCAAAAGAGCCAAGAAGAGCAGUCCGGAAGCGGCCAAGCCCAAGGCCACCAAGUCCAAGGCCUCCACUCCGCGUGCGAAGAAGGAGAAGCCUCCCGCUGACCUGGAGUCCAGUGUCCUUACCGACGAGGAGCGACACGAGCGGAAACGCAUGACCGCCGUGCUGUACCAGAAGUACAAGAAUCGCAGCAGCUGCCUGAAUCCCGGCAGCAAGGAAAUUCCCAAGGGCUCCCCGGAUUGCCUGAGUGGACUGACCUUCGUGGUCACCGGCGUCCUGGAGUCCAUGGAGCGCGAGGAGGCGGAGGCCGUGAUCAAGGAGUACGGCGGAAAGGUGAUGACCGUGGUGGGAAAGAAGCUCAAGUAUCUUGUCGUGGGCGAAGAGGCGGGACCCAAGAAGCUGGCAGUGGCCGAGGAGCUCAACAUUCCCAUUCUCAGCGAGGAUGGCCUCUUCGACCUGAUCAGGGAGAAAUCCGGGCUGUCUAAACCGGUGAAGGAGGAGAAAAAGAGUCCCAAGGAGGAGCAUAGCUCCAAGGAACGGGAGAAAAAGGAGGCCAAGGCUUCCAGCAAGUCCAAAGUGAAGGAGGAAAAGGAGGACACUAAGCCGAAGAGUAGUGAGCGUAAAGUCAAGGAGGAACCCUCUUCCUCAAAGGUAAAGAAGGAAAAACACGAUGAUGAGCCAGCUGCUACCCUGAAAGUAAAGAAGGAAAAACAGGAGGAUGUGCCUGCUGUUAGCCUGAAAUUAAAGAAGGAAAAACAGGAGGAUGUGCCUGCUGUUACCCUGAAAGUUAAGCAGGAGCCCAGCUCCCAGGAACAAAAGGUUUCGGUGGCCAGGUCUGCCGAACCGAAGACCCAGGAUUUGAUCGGCAUGGCGUGGGUCGACAAACACAAGCCCACGAAUAUCAAAGAGAUCGUAGGCCAGGCAGGAGCCGCUAGCAACGUGACCAAGCUAAUGAACUGGUUGUCCAAGUGGUAUGUAAACCAUGAUGGAAACAAGAAGCCCCAACGGCCCAAUCCUUGGGCCAAAAACGACGACGGCAGCUUCUACAAGGCGGCCCUGCUAUCGGGACCGCCUGGGAUCGGAAAGACCACUACGGCGACUCUGGUGGUGAAAGAGCUGGGCUUCGAUGCGGUGGAGUUCAACGCCUCGGACACGCGGAGCAAACGCCUGCUCAAAGAGGAAGUGUCCACGCUGCUGAGCAACAAAUCCCUCUCCGGCUACUUUAACGGCCAAGGGCAGGCGGUCUCCCGCAAGCACGUGCUCAUCAUGGACGAGGUGGAUGGCAUGGCCGGAAACGAGGAUCGCGGUGGAAUGCAGGAGCUGAUCGCCUUGAUCAAGGACAGCUCCAUUCCGAUCAUUUGCAUGUGUAAUGAUCGCAACCAUCCGAAGAUCCGAUCGCUGGUCAACUACUGCUACGAUCUGCGCUUCCAGAGGCCGCGCCUCGAGCAGAUCAAGGGUAAAAUCAUGAGCAUCUGCUUCAAGGAGAAGGUAAAGAUUUCGCCAGCAAAGGUGGAGGAAAUCAUAGCAGCUACCAACAAUGACAUCCGGCAAUCGAUCAACCACAUUGCCCUCCUAAGCGCCAAGGAGGACUCCUCUGCUAAAUCAGGACAACAGGUGGCCACCAAGGAUCUUAAGCUGGGACCCUGGGAAGUGGUGCGGAAAGUCUUUACGGCCGAUGAGCACAAGCACAUGUCCAUUGCCGACAAGAGCGACCUCUUUUUCCACGACUACAGCCUGGCGCCGCUCUUUGUGCAGCAAAACUACCUCCAGGUCCUGCCACAGGGAAACAAGAAGGACAUUCUGGCCAAGGUGGCAGCAACGGCCGAUGCCCUAAGCUUGGGCGACCUCGUCGAUAAGCGCAUUCGCGCGAACUCGGCUUGGAGUCUGCUGCCCACUCAAGCCUUUUUCAGCUCGGUGCUGCCGGGCGAGCACAUGUGCGGCCACUUCACUGGACAGAUCAACUUUCCCGGCUGGCUGGGCAAGAAUUCCAAGUCUGGGAAGCGGGCCAGACUUGCCCAGGAACUGCACGAUCACACCAGGGUCUGCACCUCCGCAUCCAGGCUGUCCGUGAGGCUGGACUACGCCCCCUUCCUGCUGAACAAUAUUGUCCGACCUCUGGCGAAGGACGGACAGGAGGGAGUUCCCGCCGCACUUGAGGUUAUGAAGGACUACCACCUACUCCGCGAGGAUCUGGACUCGCUGGUCGAGCUAACCUCAUGGCCGGGAAGGAAAUCACCCCUGGAUGCAGUGGAUGGGAGAGUGAAGGCCGCUCUGACCCGCUCCUACAACAAGGAGGUUCUGGCAUACUCAUAUUCCGCUCAGGCUGGCAUCAAAAAGAAGAAAGCGGAGGCGGGUGGCGGCGAUGAGGAUUACUUGGGUGCGGAUCAGGGAGAAGAGGACGGCACUGGUGGUCACGUCUCCUCGGAGGACGACGAAGACAAGGACAACCUUGAGUUGGAUGGUUUGAUCAAAGCCAAAAAGAAGCCCAGUGCUUCCAAAUCAGCUGGUGGUGCCAAAAAAGCAGCGUCUUCCGCGGCCUCAAAACCCAAGGCCAAGGCAAAGAAGUAAAGACACGAUUGCUUUAAUUCAUUACUUCAUAUUUGUUUGCCAUGAAAUCUCCCCAUUUACACAAUAUUUUUUUUAAAUUGUCUUGCCGAUGGUCCAUCAUAGCA